CACAAUGUCCAAGCGCAAACUUGGAAGCCGACCUCAGCACCUGAGUGCUAUUCAAGAUGCUCCUGAUAUGGAGGGAGGCACAGGCUCCUCAGGUGACCAGCCUCCUCUUCCUCCUCCACCGGUUUGUUUGCCUGAUGAAGAUCGUGACUUGCUGACCUUUGGCCAGUGCAGCCAGGCUUUCCCGCUUGCUCACAUCCUGGCAUUCAUCCAGCACAAACAGGGUGGCUGCGGCUCACAAAACCAAGUCACAGACGCUGCCGCCACCCCACCUUCACCUGCCAGCCGAGCCGGGCACCAUCAGGUCACCAACGCCAAACCUGGACCGGGCUUCAUCAAGCUCCGAAGAGGUGCUGGCACCAGGGACCAGUCCUGGGUGGAGGAGCCCGAUGUGAUCUUGAAGGCGGAGCUUAGAAAACCAGCUCUAGAUGAGCCCUUGUUUUUCACCUGCCUGCAGUGUGAAGGUGUGUUUUCAUCUGCGUGGACACUCUUACAACAUGCUCAGCACACACACUCCUUCUGCAUCUACCAAGAGGGUGAGGACGACGACAUGGGGGGAAGAGGAGGGGGCCAUAAACAGAGCAAACCUGCAGGAGCCAUUCUGUGCCCACGCCACCUCAGCCAGGCUCUUGCUUCUGCUUUUCACCACCGCUCCCAUCAGACUCACUCCACCUCCUCCAAUGGGAAUCUGCAGGCGAUGAACUUUUCAGUAUGACUCAGAGAGUUUGCCGAGGGGAAUAACCUCAACAGCAGCUCUUCCAUGGACCUCGGGUUGUCCCCGUCUUCGUCUCCUCCAGCAGCUUCUACUUUUCCUCAGACUGGUUCUCUUCCAGCGGACUUCCACUGUAAGCUGUGUGAGCAGAACUUCCCCUCCCUGAACUAGCAUGUCAACAGAUCACAGAUGAGGGAAAGAAAGCACAACUUAGAAAUAACGUAGUUGGGAUAUUAAUAAACAGCCAAAUUCAACACAGCAAUAUUACAAAAGAAGAACAAUCAGCCAUGACAGCUUUAUCCAAAAACGAACAGAUAAUUAUUCUACCGGCAGACAAAAUGAAGAACCACAGUAUUUAUGGACAGAGAAAAAUAUAAACAACAGAUGAAACAGAUGCUAGAGGACAAAAAUACAUAUGAAAUACUUAAAAAAGACCCAACAGAAAAAAUUAAGAAAGACAUGAAAAAAUUACUGAAGCCUCUACAAGAAAAAGGCAAAAUAACAGAAAAAAUGUACAAACACUGGACUCCUACAGCAAACAUAACACCAAGAAUAUAUGGAACGCCAAAAAUACACAAACAAAACACCCCACUUAGACCAAUAGUAGACAGUAUAGGUACACCAACAUACAACAUGGCAAGAGAUAUCAGCAAAAUCAUCAGUCCGUUAUUAGGAAACACAGAUCAACACUGCAAAAAUAGCAUAGAACUGGCAAAAGAACUAAAGGAGAUUACAAUAGAAGACAACGACAUACUCAUCUCACAUGACGUCACAUCCCUGUUCACAAAAACACCAACCCAAAAAACCAUAGACAUAGUAGUUAACAGAAUCAGACAGGACAAAACUUUACACAAAAGAACAAACCUCCCAGCAGAUGACAUAGGACAACUGAUAGGACUGGUAGCUAACUCCACUUACUUGACAUAUGAUAACACAAUAUACAAACAACUGGAAGGCUUCGCCAUGGGUAACCUGUUAUCAGCCACCCUGUGCCAGUUUUUCAUGGAAGACCUAGAGCAAAAAGCCAUAGCCCCCCCCCCCCCCCCCCCCCCCCCAAACUGUAAAAUAAAACUAUGGAAACGCUACGUAGACGACAUACUGGAAAUCAUACCAAAAGGACAAACAGAAACACUAACACAACACUUGAAUAACAUUGACGACACAGGCAGCAUAAAUUUCACUUAUGAGUCAGAAACAGAAGGCAGCAUAGCAUUUAUGGACAUGAAAAUAACCAGGAAGACUGACGGGACCCUAAACAUAAACACAUACAGGAAACCAACACACACAGACCAAUAUCUGUUAUGGGCAUCAGAACACCCCACCAUACACAAAAUGUCAGUAAUCAGAACAUUAUAUCACCGAGCGGACAUGAUAACAGAAGAAAGAGACCGUAAACAAGAGGACAAACACAUACAACAUGCUUUAAAGACCUGCGGAUACCCGACAUGGGCAACAAACAAAGGAAAACAACAAACAACAACAGAAAGAAAAGAACAACCAAAGCAAAGGACCAGAAACCCAGAAAGACAAGAACCAAAACCAGUGAUAACCCUACCAUACAUCAGAGGCAUAACAGAAAAAAUAAGAGCAACAAUGAAAAAACACAACAUAAACACACCAACAAAACCCUACACAACAGUUAGAAACAGACUAGUGCACCCAAAAGACAAGAUACCAGCUGGACUUAAAUGUGGAGUCAUUUACGAAAUCCCAUGCAAACUCUGCAAUAAAACAUACAUAGGAGAAACCGGACGCCAACUCAACACACGAACAAUAGAACAUAGAAAGGAGUGCGAGAAAGAGGCAAGUCGAAGACACACAAGAGCAGCAAAAGAAGAAGCAGAAAGCACAAUAAAGAAGUCAGCCGUAACAGAUCACUGCACAAGAGAAAACCAUAUAAUGGACUGGGACAACAAAAGGAUCAUAAACACCGAACAACAGAAAUACAAAAGAUGGAUAGAAGAAGCAAUCGAGAUAAGGAGACGUGGAGGUGGGACCAUGAACAGGGAAGAUGGAGUUUACACGUUGGACCGCGCAUGGGACUGCAUCGUCGGAGAGGGGAGAGCGGGCAGCAGAGGGUGACAACGUCCUCUGCUGCCCACAGAUAAACGGAGAAGGAAGUGACGCCACCAUCAGCGUCAGCCUGAGGAAGUUUGCAGCCGCAAACGAAACGUAGUGGGAAAACAGCUAUGAUAACAUCACCUCCACACCGCAGACUCACACUCAGUGGUCAAGACCAAAGCCUCCAGAUGUAUCGACAAUUCAGGAUUCAAUGUCGGAUCGAGAAGCUGAUUUCUCUGUCGAGGGCGUUCAACAAAUGGCCAGCUGUGACGAAGAAACUAUUCCUCAAGAGAAAGAAAGGGCCUCAGCUAUUGUCCAUACAGUCGACAUAGAUGAGGAUACCUACAACAAUCUACAAAAUUCUGU